ACAAUCAAUUCAUUCCAUCGCACCUGAGAGGACCUGGUCGACACCAGCGAGCAAGGCUCCUCAACGUGGAGUUGACUACACCACGACGCUCGUUCGCGGGUCUUGUGUUUUUAUCGUUCGCUCCGCGGCGAAGCGAAGGAAAGGUGGAAGCUUCAGUCGUGACACCGUCAGCAACAGGUGGAGUCGCUCCUACAUUCCUUGCAACAACACGUUUGUUAUAGAGGAGGACUACGGAAGUUACUUGCCCGGUCACAGGAACUCGGAGCAGGCCACGGAAGGAGGGGGAAUUACCGCCGAGGAGGGUUUGGGGAUUGUCUAUUUUUCUGUUAUUUUCUGUGUUUUUUUUUGUCAUCCGUUUGCCGCCGGACAACCAUGACGGGACACACGAGGCAUCCCAGCAUAGAGCUACUGGAGUUAAUGGGAGUUGUGAGAGAGAAUGGCAAUGAGCAGAUGUCAUUUCCUCCGUUGCUGCAGUUCAACCCGCUCUCUUACGACUACGUCCUGGUUGCAAAAACGAGAGAGCACCUGGAUCGAGAGUCCAUCAAGAGGCAAAAUGAAUUUAUCGAGGAGCUGAAAAAGAAGAAUUUCAAAGUCACAAAAAUUAUAGACGAUAACCUGGUCUUCUUUGGCAUGCAAGCUCCAGUAGAGAUUUUUGAGAAGUACAGAUAUCUGCUCAAAGUUUCUGACGCCUGUAACUGGAGCUCAGACCAGAACAAUGUGCCUCUCAGCACCAGGAUAAGAGUUGUCGAUUUUAUCUUGAACCACACACCGAUCAGUUCAGGAGAGGGUCUGCGAGAGCUCAUGAAGAUGAAGGUUUUUGAGGCAAGGUUCUGCCUGCAUGAGAAAAAGAAACAGCGAGAGCUGACGGAGAGCUGGGCUCGAUGGACCGCUUGUUUCCAAGGGCAACCCAUUACUGCUGUCAGGAACUAUUUUGGAGAGAAGGUGGCCUUGUACUACCUUUGGUUAGGCUGGUACACAUACAUGCUUAUUACUCCCGCUGCCAUCGGGGUCAUUGUCUUCCUCUAUGGCCUCGCCUUCUUCAACACGUCGCCCCUCAUAAAGGAGGUCUGCGACAUCGAUGUGGUCAUGUGCCCUCUUUGUGACAAGAGAUGCAAAGUGUGGCUGUUGUCCGACACGUGCACCUAUGCCAAGGUGAGCCUGCUUUUUGACAACGAAGGCACAGUGCUGUUUGCCAUGGUAAUGGCAAUAUGGGCCACACUGUUUUUAGAGUUCUGGAAAAGACAUCGAACUUCCUAUGUGUGCGAAUGGAAGGUGUCUGAUUGGUGUGAGGAGGAGGAGGAGCUCAUCUUGGAGAUUGUCAACAAUGUUGACUGUGAACCCAAAAAAUUCAAGCACUCCUAUCUGCGCAGCACGCUGGUUUUGAUCUGUGUCAUCAUUAUGAUACUGGUGAUCAUCGGUCUGACGCACGCGCUGGUGGUGUUCAGGGUGAUCGCAGCGGUGCAACUGGCUGAGGGGUCAUGGGAGUUCAUGACCACGCACGCCAACAGCAUAGCCAUGAUGCUGGGAGCCGUCCUUCAUUACCUGAUCAUCACCGUCAUGACUCGGGUCAACAGGAGAGUGGCCAUGAAACUCUGCGAAUUAGAGAAAACCAGAUCAUUCGCUACCACUGAGAGGAGUUUCACCGUCAAGAUGUUCACCUUCCAGUUCUUCACCUACUUCUCCUCGCUCUUCUACGUAGCCUUUUUUCUCGGCAGGAUAAAUGGUCAUCCUGGUCAUUAUGUGCGGAUUGCCAGUAAAUGGAGGCUAGAAGAGUGUCACCCCAGUGGAUGUCUCACGGACCUCUUUAUCCAAAUGGCCAUCAUCAUGGUCCUGAAGCAAACCAUAAGCAAUGUCUUUGAGUUCACCGGCCCGUGGUUUGGCAAGUGGCUGAAGAGGAGAAGAACUCAGAAGCUAGUAAGAAAAUGCGCCCACUGCUACCUAAAAGAAGAAUCUCAGGCUAAACAUGGAGCUGAGCUGUGCGAUAACUGCAAGCUGCGAGACUGGCUGAACAACUACCGCCUCAAUGAUGUGGACUCGUUCAGCCUCUUCAAAGAGUUCCUAGAAAUGGUGAUCCAGUUCAGCUUCACCACCAUAUUUGUGGCAGCGUUUCCUCUGGCUCCACUGCUGGCCCUCAUCAAUAACAUCAUUGAAAUUCGCCUGGAUGCCAUCAAGAUGGUCACCCUCGAGCGCAGAAUGGUCCCCAAGAAGACCAAUGAUAUUGGUGUGUGGAUAGAUUUGUUGGAGGCGAUCGGGGUCUUAGCCGUCAUUGCAAACGGGCUGGUCAUCGGCGUGUCCUCAGACUUCAUCCCUCGACUGGUGUACCAUUACCACUACGGACCUUGCGCCAACGGCACGGCGACCGAUAUCGAUUGUAUGGUUGGCUACAUCAAUAAUACUCUCUCCACUGCCUCCAUGGAUAACCUGGAAAUCCGCAAGGAGUUUUCCCCUCUUCAGAUGGUGACUCCAAAUGGAGUGAAUGUCUCUUCCUGCAGCUAUAAAGACUACAGAGACAGCAAUGACUACAACCUUACGCCGCAGUUCUGGCUUAUUUUAGCCGUGCGCUUCGCAUUUGUUAUCCUGUUUGAGCACAUCGUGGUCAUAUGCAAAUUUAUCGCAGCCUGGUUCGUACCAGCCGCGCCCAUGCAUGUCAAGAACGACAGUCUCUUUGAUAAACUCAAAAGACUAAAAGAAGAGCUCAGGUCAUUCGAAGAGAGCCAGCGCUUACAUUCUGCUGGCGCAAACGGAAUGUGAACCCAGUGUUGCCUUGUGCAUUGAAAGUGUCCCCAACGAUCACACUUGAGUUGGCUCAACUUCGAAGCCAUUCAUCAACUUGAAGUGUUCAGAUAGAGGGCUCCGACUGUCUAUCGAUAUAAUGGCGAUGUGGAUUCCCACGUAUGAAACGAACGAACGGACGUAUUCUUGGACCAAACAAGUGUACAGUCACUCAUUUUGCUGUUGUCUUCAAUGAGAUUAUUGGUAUUUCAUUAUUCUGCACUGAAUGUUUUUUUUCUAAUUAAUGCGUGACUUAUUUGUGGUCCUCGUCUGAACAGAAUUUAUACUCUUGGUGCACAGUCUGUACUGAUUGUAUGACAAUGUUGCCUUAUAUCGUGAAAAGCGUUGUGGUAAAAUCACCAUUACUGCCGAGAGACUGACAGAGGGCUUUGAAAUGUUUUGCACCGUAAUGUUUUAUAAUGAAUAAAAGAAAAUGUCAUAUCCUCACAGAAAUAUAAGAUUGUCUUGAGUGUGACCAUUGUUGAUUCCAAAUGGCAUUUUUGACAACAAAUGCAUGUAAAUCUCCUUCUGCCUGAGGUUUUUAUAUCCAUAUAAACAAUGUUUACAGUUGCUUGUCAGUGUUAUUUGGAUAAAGUCUCUCUCUGACCCUGACUUAAAAAAAGGUCUUCUGGUUAUGGUGAGCACUUGAAUAUAGUAAUCAGCAUACACUUUAUUUCUCUACAACAGUCCAAUCAACAAAUGAAAGGCUGACAUCUCAACAAUGAAUAAAUAUUUGUGUCAUC